GAUGCACACACACACACACACACGCACACACUCUCUCUCUCUGUGUUUCUGCUAGUGCUCUGUCUCGCUCUCGCCUUCUGUAUCAUCUCCGCUGGCUUAAAAACAGUAUGUCGUCUCCUCCGUACUGUAGCGUCGUUGCCUGAUCCAAUCUGGGAUGAUUGGCCAAGCGUGCCUUGGCAGUUGUAGGACCCGUCAGUACCCAUUCUCCGGUGGAGGUUGUAGCUGCUGCGGGUGCAUUCUGGAAGUUCAUGGCUGUGUCUACCUUGCCGACCUCAAGUUUGUCACGGCCGUGGUAAUGCCGUGCUGCAUGAUGACAGCUUGUUGUUGGUGAGGAGCUAGAACUUAAUCUGAGUAAUAUAUCCUGGUUGCAUGUGACAUCGUAUGGCAGAUUCCAAUGUCUCCCGCUUUCUUCUUUAAUAUCCGGAGCUUCGAUCCAUGUGAGGUGGAAAAAAUGUGGCGCACCAACUGUAGUUAAGGAACUGCAAUCAAACUGAUAAUCAACAGACAAAGUAGUUUUCUUUUAUUUAUUUUUUGUUUACUUAGAAGGGUACGACAAGAAACCAUGGGGCUUCUGGAUGGGUAUCGGAGGUCUUUGUACCGGUACCAUCUGGUCAUGAAUGAUCUCUUCUCUGGCUAUGGCUCAUUCGUUGCUCGGAAGCCCUGGAUACCCUUCAUACUCGGAGUCCUACUUUUGGGAGGGUUGACGGUUGGCUUGGUGCAGCGAACCACUGAGACAGACUUGGAAAAGCUCUGGGUAGAGCACAAUUCCCGUGUUGUGGAGGAACGCUUGUAUUUCAAUAAGAGGUUUGGUGGAAUUCCACGCAAGGAGUCUGUCACAGUGACAUCGCGGUCUUCGCCAGACGCUCAGAUUGAUUUGAAACGAUCAAUGGAUGCAUUGGCUCUGGCUGUUGGACCACUCUACGACAACUUGAAUAUGGAGACAACUUUGGGAGGUGCAAAGCAGCAGUUGGGCAAUGUCGACUUCUGUGAGAGGCCAAUCGUUCCUACUUCACUGAAGCCUGGAAAGUACCCCAUGAGAGAUAACAACUGGGUAGCAUGGGGACUACAAUACAUGUCCACUUGUUCUGUGUUCUGGGCGUACACUGGAAGAGUGCCUGCUUCAGCGGCACUUCCCGAAGGCUGGGGAAUAACAAGGUUUCCAUGCACCAAGCUCACACCAUUGGAUUGUUUUAAGGAAGGUGGUGACUUCGAUUACCCAGUAGAGCUGAAGCUUCUGGAAAGGCCCGUUCCUGAUCUUGGGCAAUUCACAAAUCUCACCCUUGUUGAUCUUAUGCUUGGAGUAUACCAAAUGACGAGUGCGCCUGUGAAAUGCGUCAACCUCUUGCGAACAAACAUCACCACGCAGUUUAAGGGAAGUGGGAGACCCACUGCUGAAGUUGAGCCGAUCAUCAACGAUAUCAUAACAACAAUGAAGUUUGCCUUCGUUUGGGGUUACCGCUGGCGCAAAUCCUAUUCUGAAAUGAAGUCCAAUGAAGAAAUAUUGGACCAUAUCAAUAUGGCUGUGGAGAACAGUCGUCAUAGAAGCUCUGAUGUUGGAACACCACAGAUUACGGAUUGUAUCCUUCAGAAGUUGCCCUGUUGCAUGACCUGGUUUGGGGCGCACACACCCAUUCUGACAGCCCUUGGAAGCGUAGAGUAUGACGCCUCAAGGAAGAACAUUACCAAGAUUGGGGGCGUGCGCUGGGGAUCCAACAAUUAUCACCACGAUCACCCUCUGUUCACUGAAUACAUUAGCAACAGAUUAGGAGUGAAUACUGACUCGAGAGAAAGGGAGGGCCUGGUUAAAGCCUGGGAGGAUUUUAUGAUUCACAACUUAAACCCCUUGAGACGGCAUGCUACGAACACUUCCUUUGGAGGUGGAGAAAAAUACGAAGACCUUCAGGUCGAAUUCAACAUGUGGAGAUCAACCCGGGACAUUAUUGCAGAAGCAAGCGAAGCUCCUCUGUGGCAAAUUAUCCUCGGCGUAGUGCUCGUCUCCAUUUAUGGGUUUAUAGCAUUCCUCAACGUCCGGAAUCCUGUGCAUUCACAUACCACUCUGGCAGGCCUGGGAAUGGUGGUGGUGUCUUUUUCUGUGCUGGCUGGAUUCGGCCUCACUGCCAUUUGUGGCAUUGCAUUUUCUCCAUUAGCAGGCUCGGUGGUGCCCUUUCUUGCGCUUGGUUUAGGUAUCGAUGACGUUUUUGUUCUGGUGAACACUUUGCGAAACUACUUGGAGGAUCCAAAAUUGCAAGCACUAAGCACUGCUAAUGACCCAACUCCUGACCGUGAAAUGAGACUGACAUUAGCACUUGCUGGGCCCUCUGUCGUCCUCACAACAUUUUCUGUUCUGGCGGCAUUUUUCAUUUCUUCUAUAAAUCCAAUGCCGGUAGCGCAGUGGUUUUGUUGGCAAAUGGGAUUGACUGCUACUGUGCACACGCUUGGAAUGAUUCUCAUCUUCAUGCCUAUCAUGGCUAUUGAUGCCCGGAGAGUGAAGGCUCAUUACAACGACCCGAACUUAUGGCUUUUCUGCGGCAUUCGAAACAUGAGCUAUAAACCAGAAGGUGCAAAGUUUGACGUUGGAGUAUUGGUUACAGCUUCAAAUGGAGACCACUUCGAUGCGUCGGAUCCAUCGUUCCAGAACAGCUCGGGCAGCUCUGCAAUAUCUCGUUGGGUGGCGACACACUACGCACCGCUGUUCGAAAGCAAUUACUUCAAAGUUUGUGUGGUGGUUGUCUUUGCAUUAUUGCUUGUGUCCAUGACAUAUCUGGGUUUUGAGAGGGUGGAGCAUGGACUCAAGCUUUCAGACGUCACCUUGACUGGUUCUUAUCAGAAUACAUUUGCCAGAACAACCGAGGAGAGAUUUACAAGUUACGAUGUUUGGAUAGUUACAAGGGAUGUGGAUUACAUGAAGCACCAAAGCAAUCUGAUUGAGAUUUAUCGCGCUCUUGAGAACACAAGCUGGAACCCACCAUUACCAGGAAUACUUGAUUCUUCACCGCUUGGAAACUUCUAUCUGUGGAACAAGAUUGCUUUUAAUCUCAGCUGGCCACUUCCUUCAGACAAUAGAACAGAGUUUGACGAAUACAACAGAAACUGGGCGUCUGGACCACUGGGAGUUAUUUCCCUGCAAGAUCUAUAUUGCGAGGACAACGCGACAGGUCAACAGCUCAGCUGUUUUCAGGAUACAUAUGCUUCCAGCUACAAGCCAAACCCCAACUUCCGCAUAGCUGCAAGCAAAGCUGGGAUGUUUGCGCUGCACUUGGGUGCUAAGACUUCAUCCAACCUUGCCAUGAUCAAGCAAACUAGAGCGGUCGUAGAUGAGUUGAACACAAAAUUCGGUGGAGAUGUUGCCUUCAUGUAUGGAUUUCCUUUCCUCUUCUUCGAGCAAUACUUGCACAGCUACCGGGAUCUUAACCUCGUCGUGGGCCUGGCCUUGGUGGGUGUGCUUGUUGCGGUGAUCAUCUUCCAGUUCAGCAUAACCAUGUCCGUGAUCAUCGUCGGUGUAUUGCUAAUGGUUGAUCUCGAAGUGUAUGGAUUCGUUUACUUGAUCGGGGCUAAACUGAAUUCUUUGUCGCUUGUGAAUCUCGGCAUCGUCAUUGGAAUGUCGUCUGAGUUCACCUACUUGGGGAGAUCAUUCUUGGUGGUGGAUGGCACUCGCAACUACCGAGUAAGAAAAGCAUUGGAGUGGACGUUUGAGCCUCUUCUCCACGGCUUCGGCACUCAAAUAGCGGCCACUAUUCCUCUGAUUUUCGUGAAGUACCAUGCGUUCCGGCUCUACUACUUCGCCAUGUUCACCAUUAUGGGCAUCUUAGGCUUCUUGAACGGCUUUGUGUUGCUGCCCGUGAUUCUGUCGUGGGUUGGACCUCCCCCUCUCCCCCACAUCAAGAGCGUGAACCGGAAGGGAGUACUCGCAGACAAACACAACCGAGCCAGCCCUCACCAUGCUGGCGACACGCCCAUGUUCAGCCACAACAGUGCGCCUAAUCCAACACUAUAAUUGGACAGAAAACUAUUUCCCUCUCGCACUGAAUAAUGAUUCCAAUUCAUGCAUUGCGAAACUGAUUCCCGAGUGGAACGGAUGCUUCGCUCGCACUUAGCCGAGACAGGGGACACAAAAGGAGGAUUCUAAUAAGUGAGGGUGUGACUUUGGUGGCGUGUGACCCUAUUAUUACGCAACGAAUUAUUCGGCAGUGUUGCAGAAGUAGGGCAUUCGCAUUGUAGAUUACUGGAGAUUUGUGGUAUUGCUAGAAGUAAAUGACUGUUGCAACUUGCAAUGUAGACACGUGCUGGGCUUCUUCUGAUCGUGUCCAAUGCGCAUUGUGCGCAUUUUGUGUGAAUUGACAAUGUCCACACCCAUGCUCUCCAGGA